GGAAGUUCUUCGGACAGAUAUUUAGCUUUAAGCUACGUUUGGGGUCAAAUAUCCAUGCUUCAGACGAAGAAAGACAACUUCUCAGAUCUGCAGGAACCAGGUUCUAUUUCCGAUCAAAAUCCAGGGAUUGCGCUGACCACUCGGGACGCCAUCAAAUUCACAAGAGACUCGGGGUGUCGAUACUUAUGGGUGGAUUCUCUGGGUAUCAUACAGGACGACCAUGAGCAGAAGCACCAACAAAUUGCACAGAUGGACAUUGUCUACAGCCAGGCCUGCAUGACCAUCAUCGCUGCAUCCGGGGCAGAUGCCAAUUCAGGUCUUCCCGGU